AAUGUUGUAUGAGCGGUGAGUGUCCUUAACGUGGAGGAGCGGGAGUGACUGGUGUGUGUGGAGGACGAUGCUAGUGCUCUUGUCAUGGAUUAUGAAUGGAAAGAAAAGCGCAAUAACGAGAGGGCCAAAGUGGAAGAAUUAUUCGGUUAUGAAGGAUGUAAAGUAGGCAGAGGGACGUACGGGCAUGUGUAUAAAGCCAAGAGGAAGGAUAGCGUGGAUACAAAAGAAUAUGCUCUUAAACAAAUAGAAGGAACUGGGCUGUCUAUGUCAGCAUGCAGAGAAAUAGCACUGCUGCGAGAAUUGAAGCAUCCCAAUGUAAUCAACCUUCAACGUGUUUUCCUCUCACAUGCUGACCGUAAAGUCUGGCUUUUAUUUGACUAUGCUGAGCAUGACUUAUGGCACAUCAUCAAAUUUCACCGUGCUGCCAAAGCAAACAAGAAAACAGUACAAGUAACAAAAGGAAUGGUAAAAUCACUCCUGUAUCAGAUUUUGGAUGGAAUUCGCUAUCUUCACUCAAAUUGGGUACUUCAUAGAGAUCUGAAACCAGCAAAUAUUCUGGUAAUGGGAGAAGGAAUAGAACGAGGUCGUGUCAAGAUAGCAGACAUGGGUUUUGCUCGACUUUUUAAUUCUCCUCUUAAACCCUUAGCCGAUUUAGACCCUGUAGUAGUGACCUUCUGGUACCGAGCACCAGAACUACUAUUGGGUGCACGUCACUACACGAAAGCUAUAGAUAUAUGGGCAAUUGGUUGUAUAUUUGCUGAACUGUUGACAUCAGAACCAAUUUUCCAUUGUAGACAAGAGGAUAUUAAAACCAGUAAUCCAUAUCACCAUGACCAGUUAGAUAGUUACUCCAAUUGUUCUCUUGUUAAAUAUAUGGAUAGACACAAGAUCAAACCUGAUGGCAAGGCUUUCAUGCUGUUACAGAAACUAUUGACAAUGGAUCCUACUAAACGAAUCACCUCUGAGCAGGCAAUGCAGGACCCAUACUUCUUGGAGGACCCAGUACCUACUCAAGAUGUCUUUGCAGGGGGUCCUAUUCCAUAUCCAAAGAGAGAAUUUCUGUCGGAUGAAGAGCAGGAUGAUAAAUCUGAUAAUAAGAAUAACCGUAAGCUGGAUUAUGCAAAGAAAUAUCUUCACUGGAAUCCUCAUCAGUGGUGUGAAGUACAUUGGAGUGAUGAAGCAACCUUCACCAUCACCUGUAACCAUGGGGAAGAUGUGUACCGGCCCAGAGGUAGUGACCCGCUAGGCCCACGCUACACCUGUGAAACCAUCAAACUCCCAGACUCGCUCAUGGUUUGGUGUUUCACUGCUCAGAGUGUUGGUGAACUCAUUGUGCUUCCCAAAAACCAGUAUAAUUACCUGGAGUUAUUGUGUGACAAUUUACCUUAGGCAUUUAACAAGUGU